AUGGAUACAAUACAAUACAUUAUCCUAGCAGCAACAAUUCUUGCUAUACUCUGGCCCAUCGUCACCGCAGACCGUUCGCCCAUUCCAGAGACAUCUGGUAAUGUCCAAAAAAUCAGCGAACUCGCUGAGCUUCGUCGUUUGCUUUCAACCAACAAAUUCACCGUCAUCGACUUCUAUGCUGACUGGUGCCCUCCCUGUCGUGCUAUCGCUCCGGUGUUUUCCAAGCUUGCCGAUGAACAUGCUUUGAAGGGCCAGCUCGCUUUUGUGAAAGUCAACGUUGAUCAUUGCAAAGAUGUUGCUAAGUUGUAUAACAUUACAUCUAUGCCGACAUUCCUAUUUUUCGAAAAUGGAGAGCCAAAGCCAGUCUUGGUGCAAAGGGAUGAGCGUGGGUCUACGAACAUUCCUCACGAUGGGCUGGUUGAGAAGGUUCAAGGUGCGAACGUAGGUCUGUUGAGAUGUGUGGUCCAGGCCUUGGCCUUAAAGGCUACUUCGGAAUCUUGA